CCAGCAAAGUAACGCCGCCAGCGCCAUUUUCUCAGGGCGAAAAAUCUAUCAGACGGAAAAAAUAUUUUAGGGACAUUUUUUUAAUUAAAAAUUUGGAUAAUUGCAUUUUAAGGCGCGUUUAAAUUGCUAAAUAGAAGAAUGCGCGUAACCAAAAGUGAUAUAAGCUUAGAGUUAGAGUGCUGGGUUGAGGAGUUAUCACCAGCGCAAUUAGCUGCAUACGAAAAAGUUGCCAACGAGCACAAUGCAAUUAAAAAUGCAUUGAAAUCGGCGCUAACCACCAAUGAGGGUCGCGAACUCUUUAAUGGGCAAGUAUUUCAAGCGUAUUCGUUCAAGGGUAAAGUCUUGGCAGAAUUGAAAGAGGCAACAUUACCACCGAAAAAACCAGCAAAGGUCGACCCGCCUGCCGCGCCAAUAGCAAGCACACGCGGUGGGGGACGCAAGCGGCCUUCAAAUUUCGUAUACUUAGAAUCCUCGGAUGAAGAAGAGGACGAUGUACCAUUGGCGAAGCGCAUUGCAGUAGCUGCUGGUAAGAAGGGAACAACGCCUGCAGUGGGUGGAGCAACACCAAAUGCUACAAAGGGACUUAAAGGUCAAAAGGGCGCACAGCCCCCGCCAGCAGUAGAUAAAAGUUCACCCAGUGUAGGGGGUAAAGGAGCAAAAGCGGGUGCUGCUGGCAAAGGUUCAAGUUCAGGUAAAGGAGAAAAGGGAGCAGCGGCGCCUUCUGCACCGCCUGCAAACUUCAAGCCUUCGGAAAUUACUUCUGUUGGUGGAUUGGUUAUUGGCACGGACAACAAAGACGGAAAAGAUGGUAAAGACCAAAGUAAAGAAACUAAGCUACAAGGCAAAACAUUCCCAUCUUUGGUGGUAUUGGCCAAACCAUGGCUCAAAGUGAAGGAUAUGUCCAGUACGCGCAGCAAAUUGGAUUCGAAGGUUAAAUUGGUGCUGAUGUUGACACCAAACAAAUUUACUGAGUGGCUUAUACAAGAAGGUUUGCUGAAAGCCGAACAAAAGUGUGCAAAUCAUCGAUCACAGGAGUUGAAAUUGGGUGUCUAUUCCGAUGCCACAAAGUUUCCUUACACUGGCGGUUAUGUUUGGAUUAGUGAAUGUUGUCCUAUGCGUUUUGUUUCCGUUUUCCACGGUUCCAUUUUUGAAGGCGCCCCACAUCCACCAUCGUGCAUACUUAAACUUAUCUACCAUUGGUCUUGUCAGACAAAUAUACAAAACGUAGUGCAGUGGGUUAAGGUGGACAAUGUUUAUAUUAAAGGUGUGUAUACCUGGCUGCGCGCAAUUUGCACUUUGGCAGUACAUCAGAAAUGCAAGAAGUUGGGAGGACCGGAGAGAUUUGUAGAGGUGGGUGUCAUUUCAUUGGGCACCACAUCACAGGAUGGCCAACAACGUCAAGUGAAGGUGGAAGUUUUGGGUGUACUUGAUUAUGCCGAGAAAACCAUACGCCUUCGUGCCGUAGAACCGGUAUCAGAUGCAGAUCGCAACUAUAAAAAACGAUUCCAGACUAUACUGGAACCACUGCAGCGUUGGGUACACAAAGACAGCGUAAUUUGCAUCGAUCUAACAGUUGACAAAAUGACACUUUAUUCAAUGGGUUUCAAAAACAUUAUACAAGCUGCAGCAACUGAUAACAGCGCGAAGCAUACCAACGCGGCCGUGAUGGAUUACUUGCGGCGAAUUGUGCCACGUAUGUUCCAGAAUACAUUAUCUUUGCUUUCGCGACAAAUGAUACAACAGUUCUUGGAUGAAUUGGUAUGGCGUGAACAAUUCGGCACCUACGCCUUGCAAGCCUUCAACAAUAUAACUGCACAUAUCGCUGAACAAACACGCAUGAAUACGAACGAAACCCUAACACAACGUUUAUAUCAGGUGGCGACGAAUCCCUUCAAGGACUGGAGUAUAUUGCCAGCUAAUUAUAGAGAGACACCAGCAAAUACAACACCAAAACGAUUGAAAAAACCAAUCAAUGAAGCCGACUAUGGCCAGCCAGAAAAAAUCAAUUUGAAGAGUAUUAAAAAAGAGAAGCCGGAUACAUCAAAGCAUGACACCUCUUCAUCUACAUCGACACCAGUUACAGGUCGCCGUGGCCGUCACGCAGCUGCGCCUGUAGAAAAUAACCACAAACCCGAGCCGAAGAAGUCUACAACGAAAGCUAGCAGCUCGACAAGCAAAGCACCACCGCCACCUACAAAGGGCUCGGCUGCGAAGCAUCAUACGGCCAGCGCCAAACAAGAACCCAGCUCCAGUAAGAAGAUAAUUGUUGAGGCCAAGGUGAAGAAGGAGAAGGAUGUUGAUGAUGACCUAAAAGGUCUUGAGGAGUUGUACUAUGGCAUACGUAAUGGUUUGGAUAUAAAUUUUGAGAGUUUCCCUUACAAGAAUGCAUCCGGUGUUGUGGUGGAGGCAGCCACUGUAGAAUGUCCUAUUUGCGAUAUCAACGAUUCGUUUGAUUCCAAUGAAAAGUUGCAAACACAUUUGGUGUCACAUAUCAUCGUGGACAAGGAUCAUCAAUUCCAAUGUCUUUUCUGUCUUGAUAAGCAUCCAAGUGAAACUGUGCUCUCCAAGCACAAUCAAAUUAUGCAUCCACUCGAAACAAAGGCAGCCUCGUCGGCUUCGUAUCACUGCUUGAUUUGUCAGCAACGCUUUAAUUCGUUGCAUCAUUUAACGGUGCAUUUGCAGAAGAUGCACAAUAUGCUGGAGUUGCCAUAUGUCUGUCAGGCUUGCAACUAUCGCUCGUCCUCGCAUCGUGAUGCUGUUCGUCAUUUCUACGAUGAUCACAAAAAUCAAAAUUUCUUGCAGUGUCCAUUCUGUUUGGAUAUUUUCCGCUUCUCUUACAAGGGUCGCAUCAGCGUUUCAAAUAUUGAAAACUAUUAUAUGCAUCUGCGUGCCCAUAUCGGCAAAAGGGAUUCUCAGCUGCGUUGUCAGAAAUGUGCGCUUAGCUUCACCGAAAAAGGUGCAUUGAAACAGCAUUCUGCCAAUCAGCAUAUAAGUCUCCUGAAGAGCACUCAAAAGAUUCAGCCGCUGUUAGCCAAUUCUAUGCUGAUUGCCCCACCCAAGAUACGCAGUCAUCAUCGCGAGCCAUUGCCCUAUACUGUCGUUUCGAAACUCGGCGAGUUUUAUGCUUUUAUUGAUGGUUCCAUUUGCGCCGAAUGCAACUCUGAAAUUCUAAACGAAGAUCACUUCAGUGGUAUUUUGAAAUGUAAUAAAUGCAAUUAUAAGUCCUGUUGCGAACGUGCCGUCUUUGAGCAUGCCGCAGAGUGUAGCGGCGGCAGUGGCGCACGCGAAGUCAUGGAGCUCCCGUUGCCAAAUGAAAUGCAUUGUAUUUGUGGCUUUUCCACAUCCAUUGGCAAUAAGAUGGCGCAUCAUUUGGCCACGUGUGGUCAAAAAUCGGCCUAUGUCUCUGUAGAAGCCGCACAGGAGAAUACAGUCAAACGCAAUAUGCUGGACAUGUUGGGCUUAGUGCGACGCGACGGCGAAUCUGGCGCCGAAGGUGAGGAGCAGAGUGGGGAGCCGGCAACUACUUCGAAUGAAGCUGUCACAGCAGCGGCUGAUGCCACUGAGCUACAACAGUCAGAUGCACCGCAAGUCAGCGAUUCGGCCGCACCUAUACAGUUUGGCGAAAUGGAGGCCACGCCAGUGUUGGACAGCAACAGUGUGCAGCAGGAGCAGUCAACGGGUCUGGACGACACUAAUGUCGUCGAACAGCAAACAACAGCCGCCUAUAGCAGUCACAUUGUGGAUAGUGGCGAUGUGCAAGCGGCACAAUAUCACAUCGGCUUCGGGCAACCAGAACAGCAGCAUGCGCUCAACACAUCCGAUAUUGAUAUGCCGCUAAUUGGUGAGUUGGCCGAUCCCAAUCCACCAAUCACACCACAAUUUAUAGGUGAGGUGCAUACACCAAUGUUUGAUGCGGUUGCUGCUGCCGAGCAACAGCACUAUCAUCAAAUGAUGCAACAGCAACAGCACCAUCAUCAACAACAGCAAUGAAAACGAAUAAAGCAGCGACAACGCGACUACACGUUGCCGUGGCAAAGUUAUUGAGUAGCGCAAAAUGCAAAAUGAAUUGAAUUAGAGAACAGAUAUAGAUAUGGUUGGCGAAAAGUAUAGGCGUCUUAAGAGAGAUAGAGAGAGCAGAUUGAAUUUAAUAGGGGUAUUCACACAGGCUGCUAUCAGAAAUUUAUAUCCAACCAAUGGUUAUAAAAAAAGUGCGGCGAAAAAACAGUUCGGUAUGUGUUUUAUACGAAAGCAAAACAACAGCAACAUGAAAAUUACUGUUAAAUGUUACACAUUUUUCUUUUAACUGUUAAUGGGUUUAUAAUAUUGCGGAAUUACGCAAAAAAAUAUCGAAAUGUGAAAUUAAAAUUUUUGCGGACGAAUCAAAAUUUGCGUAUUAACCCUUGAAGUGUUGAAUACGAUAAUCAAUUUUUAUUAAGUAAUUUUAAAAUAGAUGAGAUGCUUAAAGCAAAGUUGCACGGCUAAAAUUUGUAAUGAAAAAAGUUAGUGUUUUUAAGUUAUACAAAAAUUCACAAGUUUAAAAACAGAAAAUUUAAGAAAAAAUUUGAGCUAUUCACAAAACUCCAACACUUGCUGCUUAGUAUUAUAAAGUAUGAGCAAAAUUGUAUAAAAAUAUUAGAUAUUUUUCUUUUAUUUCGAACGAAAUUUUUAAUCACAUGCUGGAUUGAGCAGCUACGAGCUUAGUGAAUACCUAUACAUUUACAGUAAAGUGAUAUAACAUGAAAGUGAAAUGUGCGGAGAAAAAUAGGAAUAUCUAUUUGUAGAAGAUUUGGAAAUUUGUUUUUGCGAGAAUAUUCGGAAAUUUUACCUAAAUAUUGUUUUUUCUACCAACUUUUUAAGUAACGUACACUUUUUACCAUUUUGUUUUAAUGUGCUCAAUCACUUAAGAAUAUUUCUAUACCGUAAAAGAUACAUUUUGAUUCGAUAAAACUGAUCAAAAUGUAGACACAAAGGAAACAUGCGUAACAGUUUCCUAUAUCGUUCGACUGUGAAUACCCCUAUUUGGCUCAGCGUUGUCUCGUAAGUGCUUUUUUUUUUCUUAAGUAAAAAUGACAUUUAAUACUUGAUACUAAACACGAACCAUUGUAAACAAAAUUGAUGUUUUUUUUUUUGUUUUAGUUUUCUUCAAAUACCGCACAGACUACUAGAAUUAGCUAACACAUUAAAGUUUUUAUUUUAUUUAAAUAAGCCAGAAAUCGAUUAAGGCAAAUUAAACAAAAAGUAAUAAUAUACAUACAAAUAUAAGGACUAAGUAGCUCCCGACAUAAAAUAUUAAUAAAUUUUUAGAGUCAGAAAAAAUAAAACAGUAAUUACAUAAAUAUUACAUAUAGGAAUAUAUACAUAUGGAAAAACUAUACACGCGUAUGUACAUAUAAAGGCGUACGCCCAUAUUAUAAAUUGGAUAACGGCUUUGCAAAUUAUAUUUGAUAAAAAUUAUAAACCAAAUUUAACUGUAUGUCUGUGUAUAUAUUAUACUAGAAUUGUGGCGCUUUGAUUUUCACUUUUAUUUCGAAGCAUCUAACGAGAUAUUGUAAAACGCAUGUGCCCGAGUGCCCAUUAGUUGAAGGUGCAAUUUAGUUAACUAACUUACGCGCAAACUCAAACUUUAAUUUGUUCUUUAAUAUUUGAAUAAAUUUGGUAAAAUAACUAA